CGUUAUACCAGAGGUCGUCUCCCAUUCUCCUUUACCCACGUCAGUGCAUAAAAUAUCCUCAUUUACGCACUGUGUAUAUCCGUCAGUGCGACAUUGUGCAUUGGUGCCCGGUCCACCUGUGCUGUCAGUGACAAAAUGGCACUAGUGAUAAGGUUAUUCCUUCUGGGAAUCCUAGUCAGUGUGAUAACGUCUGUAGAUAGGAACAACUUCAAAACAUGUGAACAAAGCAGUUUUUGCCGACGUUUGAGAAAGAUCGAGCCGGGUCAUUCGAAAUUCGAAUUGGAUCUGGAUACACUCACGGUGACAGAAAAUGGUCUUGAUGUUACUUUGAAGAACAUUGAGGAUGAUGCCAGUUUUAAACUUACAUUGACGGCGUUGGCCGAUGAUCGAUUCCAUCUGUUUGCCGAUGAAAUCAAUGGCUUACAUAAGCGUCACCGUGUUGAGGGAAUCAUUGAGAAUGCUCCACAAGUGGGUAAACUCACUGUUCAGACCAGAAAUAAGCAAAUGGUGGUUGUUCAAAGUGGUGAAAACAAAGCCACAUUGACUGCUUCACCAUUUACUAUUGAGUUUGCUAGGAAGGAUAAAGUGGUAGCGGUUAUCAAUGCCAGGGGAUUGUUCAUGAUGGAGCAUUUCAGGAGGAAGCCUGCUGAUGAACCAGUUCCUGAAGAUGCUCCAGCCAAAACACCUGAAGACCCUGGUAGUUGGGAAGAAAAUUUCAAAUCUCACCAUGACAGCAAACCUCGUGGCCCUGAAGCCCUCGGCAUGGAUAUUUCAUUCCCGGGAGCACAGAGAGCCUAUGGUAUUCCCGAACAUGCAGAUUCUUUGGCUUUGAGGACUACUGGACCAGGCGGAUUAGAUCCUUAUCGUCUCUACAACUUGGAUGUGUUUGAAUAUGAAGUAGAUUCUACUAUGGCUAUCUACGGAUCUGUUCCGGUUCUCUAUGCUCAUGGUGAGGAUAACACUGUUGGUGUUUAUUGGCAAAACGCUGCCGAAACUUGGGUGGACGUGGUCAACUCAAAAGAUGGCGACGUUGUUUCAUCCAUUGUUAAACUGGUCUCCGGUUCGAAGACUGAAGAAAAAGUAGAUGUUCAUUUCAUGAGCGAGAGUGGCGUCCUUGAUCUCUACAUCCUCAUGGGACCUACCCCGUCAGCAGCAGUUAAACAAUACGCUUCUUUAACCGGUGUCGCACCAUUACCGCAAUUAUUCUCCUUGGGCUACCAUCAAUGUCGUUGGAAUUACAAUGAUGAGGAAGAUGUUCGUUCAGUGGUAGAGAAAUUAGAUGAAAAUGACUUCCCUGUGGAUGUUGUGUGGUUAGAUAUUGAGUACACAGAAGGCAAAAAGUACUUUACCUGGGAUAACAUUAAGUUUGGGCAUCCAGAAGCUAUGCAGCACAACUUAACCGCUACCGGUCGUAAACUAGUGGGCAUUAUUGAUCCACAUGUUAAACGUGAAUCAGGAUAUUUCUUGCAUGAAGACUGUUUGAAUAACGAUUACUAUGUGAAGACUAAGGAUGGUAAUGUGUAUGAAGGCUGGUGCUGGCCUGGUUCUAGUAGUUAUCCCGACUUUUUCGACCCGAAAGUCUUUAAUUACUACGCCAAUUUGUACUCUCUGGAAAACUUCAAAGGAUCUACUGAUCAAAUGUACAUCUGGAACGAUAUGAACGAACCAUCGGUGUUUAAUGGUCCUGAGAUCACUAUGCCUAAGGAUUUGUUGCAUUAUGGUGGAUGGGAACAUCGUCAUGUGCAUAAUCUCUACGGCAUUUAUUAUUCGAUGAUCACAUUCAAAGGUCUCCUCGCAAGGAACGCCAACAAACGACCUUUCCAAUUGACCCGCGCGCAUUAUGCUGGAAGUCAACGAUAUACUGCAAUGUGGACUGGAGAUAACGCUGCUGAAUGGUCUCACCUUGCUGCCAGUUACCCAAUGUGCUUGUCGGAAGCCAUCGCAGGUAUUAGUUUCUGCGGUGCUGACAUUGGCGGUUUCUUCAACAAUCCCGACCCGGAAUUGCUUACUCGUUGGUACCAGGCUGCAAUCUGGCUGCCAUUCUUCCGCCAACAUGCUCAUAUUGACACAAAACGCCGGGAACCUUACCUUUAUUCAACUGAAAUCCAAGCUAGAAUCCGUUCAGCUCUAAAACUCCGUUAUGCUCACUUACCGCUCUGGUACACAGAGUUCUAUGAGCAUGAACGCAGCGGUGAACCUGUCAUUCGUCCUCUGUACUAUUCAUAUCCUAAAGACAAAGAAGUAGUUGACAUAGACAAUCAGGUAUUACUUGGAACCUCGGUUUUGGCGCAAGUUGUCUCUGAAGCAGGAGCAAGCAGCGCACAAGUCUACCUGCCUCCCAAUGAGAUUUGGUAUGACAUAUUAGACUUCAAGGCAUACCAAGGUAAUGGCCAUAUUACGGUCCCUGUUAACGCGGACAAAAUUCCCGCUUUCUACCGUGGUGGAUCUAUUGUUCCGAGGAUGGAUCGUCCACGUAGAGCAUCUACGCUUAUGCAUGAUGAUCCCUACACACUAUACGUAAACUUGGAUGGUAAUAAAUCCGCCAAAGGAACACUUUACAUCGAUGAUUACGAAAGCUACGGGUACAGGAAGAAGAAAUAUUUAUACGUACAGUUUAUAUAUGCUAGCAACAAGUUGACUGCGACCAAGAUUGAUAAAGAUGCUGACUAUCCCACAUUGUCGUGGUUGGAGAGGGUUGUAGUGCUUGGAGCACCGAAAGGUUUUACCAGUGCUGUUCUUACCACCAAAGCUGGUGAUACAAAGUUGCCAGUAAGUUAUGAUGCCGAAGGAAGAAGUUUGACGGUGCGAAAACCUGGCGUCAGUAUGAGGGAGGAGUUCACUAUUACUUUACACUGAAGUUAGAACUACACUAAUUAAAUCUUUUUUAUUGUUUGCUAGGAGAACUUGCAAAACUAGCGAGUGAGAAAUAAAUGUUUUACCCUAUCAA